GCCCCCCUGCCCCAGGGUGGGAGGCCAGGGAGGGACGGGGCUCAGGCGGUCUCAGUGAGCGAGCAGGGCCAAGGUUGGCUCCCAGGGCCUGUGUGACAUUAGAGCUGGCGCUGUCCCCUCGCCAACUUGCGGAGGAGCUGGGCAGGCGCAGUGGGCACGGGGCCUGGGCUGAGGGGCUCAGGGCAGGGACGGAGCCUGACAACAGUGGUGGCCCGUGGGUGUGCUCGGGCUCCAGGGGGUCUGUCAGGGGACCCUGGGGGAGGGCGACGAGCAGUCCCAGCCCACUUGGGUGGGCAGUGCCCGCCGUGGCAGGUGAAGGUCAGGGGUCCCCCCCAGAGCCAGGGGUCCCGGCCGGCCUGACGGAGCCUUGUCCUGGAGGGGGAGGUGGUCUGGGAGAGUGGCCCACCCACGCGUGCCUGCCGGCCACGGCUCCGAGGGGUAAAUAAUUGAAGGGCAGGUCACACGAACCGGCCUGCGUCACAGGAUGCCGUCCCCGCGGGGUCCGGUUACGCCCCAGAUCCAGAUCGCGCGCUGACAUCCCUGGCUGGUGAAUAAUUAAGCUGCCACCCCCUCCGAGGCCGGCCUCCAUCUCCGAGUCCCGCUCUGCGGCCUCCUGCACCGCCUGCUGAGCAGUGGGCACUGCCUUGGGACCCCCGUGUUCCCCACCCCUCGAGCCCGCCAGCCUCUGCUCAGCACCUGGGCGCGGCCGCCCAUGGCCCCCGAGAUGGACCAGUUCUACAGGUCUACCAUGGCGAUCUACAAGAGCAUCAUGGAGCAGUUCAACCCCGCCCUGGAGAACCUGGUGUACCUGGGGAACAACUACCUGCGGGCCUUCCACGCUCUGUCGGAGGCGGCCGAGGUGUACUUCAACGCCAUACAGAAGAUCGGGGAGCAGGCCCUGCAGAGUUCCACGUCACAGAUCCUGGGUGAGAUCUUGGUGCAGAUGUCGGACACCCAGCGACACUUGAACUCCGACCUGGAGGUGGUGGUGCAGACGUUCCACGGAGACCUGCUGCAGCACAUGGAGAAGAACACCAAGCUGGACAUGCAGUUCAUCAAAGACAGCCGCCAGCACUACGAGAUCGAGUACCGCCACCGCGCUGCCAACCUGGAGAAGUGCAUGUCCGAGCUGUGGCGCAUGGAGCGGAAGAGGGACAAGAACGUGCGGGAGAUGAAGGAGAGCGUGAACCGGCUGCACGCGCAGAUGCAGGCCUUCGUGUCCGAGAGCCAGCGGGCGGCCGAGCUGGAGGAGAGGCGGCGCUACCGGUUCCUGGCCGAGAAGCACCUGCUGCUGUCCAACACCUUCCUGCAGUUCUUCGGCCGGGCCCGGGGCAUUCUGCAGAACCGCGUGGUGCUGUGGAAGGAGCAGUCGGAAGCCAGCCGCAGCCCGUCGCGCGCCCACUCGCCAGGCCUGCUGGGCUCGGUGCUGGGGCCGCCCUACCCCUCGGGCCGCCUGACGCCCACCCGCCUGGACAUGCCCCAGAGGCCUCUGGGAGAGUUCAGCUCCCCCCGCAGCCGGCACGGCUCCGGCUCCUACGGCCCCGAGCCCACCGAGGCGAGGACCGCGUCCCAGCUGGAGCCAGACCGCCGGUCCCUGCCCAGGACGCCGUCUGCCUCCUCGCUCUACACCAGCGGCGCCCAGCGCUCGCGCUCCAACUCCUUCGGCGAGCGCCCAGGCGGGGCGAGCGGCGGGGGCGGCGGCAGCGGGGGCACCCGGAGGGUCCGCGCUCUCGUCUCCCACUCGGAGGGCGCCAACCACACGCUGCUGCGCUUCUCGGCCGGAGACGUCGUGGAGGUGCUAGUACCGGAGGCCCAGAACGGCUGGCUCUACGGCAAGCUGGAGGGCUCAUCCACGAGCGGCUGGUUCCCCGAGGCCUAUGUGAAGCCCCUGGAGGAGGUGCCCGUGAACCCCAUGAAUGCCUUGAACCCCAUGAACGCCUUGAACCCGGUGACCUCCAUGAACCCCAUGAACGCCUUGAACCCGGUGACCUCCAUGAACCCCAUGAACACCUUGAACCCGGUGACCUCCAUGAACCCCAUGAACGCCUUGAACCCUGUGACCUCCAUGAACCCCAUGAACCCCAUGAACGCCUUGAACCCUGUGACCUCCAUGAACCCCAUGAGCCCCAUGAAUGAGCUACCCUCCAGGUCCUACCCGCUCCGGGGCAGCCACAGUCUGGACGACCUCCUGGACCGGCCGGGCAGCCCCCCGGCGCCCUCAGAGUGCUGGGACGGCCGGCCCCGCUCCCGGACCCCGAGCCGCGCCCCCAGCCCCGCACCCACACCCCUGCCGGGCAGCCGCCGCAGUAGCAUGGGCAGCAUGGGGGUGGCCGGCGACGUCAAGAAACUCAUGUCCUGGGAGCAGCACCCGCCAGAGCUCUUCCCGCGGGGCACAAACCCCUUCGCCACCGUCAAGCUGCGGCCCACUGUCACCAAUGACCGCUCGGCGCCCCUCAUCCGCUGAGGUGCCUUCCCCAGCCGCCGCUGGCUGUGAGGCUGCCCCGCCCCCUGCCCAGGGGGUGCCCGGAGCUGGCGCGGCGUUGGCAGCAGCAGCAGAUCCAAGAAGUUGGGGCCCUGGCGCUGGGGACGGCGCCCUCCCCCUGUCCGUGACCCAGCCUGAGCAGCCCCGGGGGCCCACGCGCAGGGUCUGGGGCCUUCCAAAUAAAGCGGCGGAAUGGGGGACCGAGCCGUUCCUUCCCCUCCCCCUCCGAGGCCCCAGGACUCACCUGGGGGCCUGCCUCGUGCCCCCACCUCCCUCCCCUCCCCCACCACAGUGGGAGGAGGCCCUCCCCCCCCACGCCCGUCCCAUCGGACUUUUGUAAACAAUGAGAAAUAAAGCAAGUGCCCAUGGCA